CCUGAUUCCUUCAGAGUGGUGGAGGGAAUCAUGCCUGGUCAUGAGAUUCUAAUAGCUCUUGGCAAUCUAGAUGAGAAGACUUUAAAAAAAACAAUUCCUAAUUUAAGAUAUUUUGGGAAGAAGUUGAGAAUUCUGCUAUGAGGACCAGUAGAUAAAAUGGUUCACACAUGCAGAGAAAUUACAUUAAAUGAUUCUACAUCCUCACUUUGUUUUAAUAGAUACAAGUUAAAUUAUGUAGUAUGAUAUGGAAAUAGGAUAGGAAGGAAAAGUUGGGGAAGUAUGAUGAAUAAGGAGAUCAGGGCUGCUAUAACCCCUUUACUCCCCUUAGUCCCAUACCUUUUUGCAUAAUAAUGUACUCAGUUCAGCCUGUAACUACCCCAGAGCAAACAUAGACCUAUGCCCAAGUUCCCUUCAUCUUUAGAGCUUAGGACGCAAAUGUAAGGAAGUUUCCUACUCAGGCUCUACAAAAACAGGGCUCCCACCAGCAACUUCCUGAUGGGCAUUGGAGGUGAAUGUGAGUUGGUGAUACAGUGAUUGGAUUGGUCUGAUUAAGUUUUGACCUACACAACUCAUUUCAGUGGGGGACUGAAGGAUGCUUGACUUAAGAUACUUUUUUGUUUACUAAACAAGAUGGAUUUCACAAUUGCUGUACCAGUUUAGAAGAUACUCUGAGGCAAGGAACAUAAGAGAAUUCCAGGACAAAGGAAAGAGGAAAGAAGCUUGAAACACAGACCAAGCCUUAAUUAGAAAAUUACACAAAAAUGAAUGGGAGAAAUGAAUGAAUUAUGAUAUUUGAAUUUAAUGGACUGUAUUAUGUGUUAGAAAUGGCCACCACUGGAAAUAUAAAUAAAGUAAGGGAAAUAUAUGAAGAGAUGAAAAGAGAAGAAAAGAGAGUAAGAAUAAUAUACACCAUGAUUACAUUUAAAAAAUUCACACAAUUCAAGAGAAAAAAUAUCCAAGUCAAACAGAUCCAAAGGGAAUUCAAAGGCAGAAGAUAUUUAUAUUGCCAUACCUAUGUAAUUUACAUAUUUUUAAACAAAUUGGAAACAAUAUGGAGUUUGGGGUUUUGCACAUAAUUUUUUAUGCAUGUUUAGUUACAUAUUUUGGUGGUGAUGGUGGUUACUAAGUAUGUAAUAAAAUACUUGAAAUAACAAAAGAAGAAAGUUAUAUAAAGCAUUACAUAGAAAUAAAAAUAAUACAAUAUUAGAAAGAAAUCUUCUCACUAUCAUUCUUUUUCUGGAUGAUAACUGAGAAGAGGCUUUAGAUCUAGGGAUUAAUCAAUCAUUGUAAUUGAUGACCUUGACGUGAUCAGUUUUGAGUUGGGGGAAGAAAAUGAGGAUUGACUGGGCAAGGGGAAUAAAGAGUGACAGAAGAAUAAAGCUAUGGAGGUAGGAAAGACAGACCAUUAUUUUUAAAAGUUAGGCAUUAAAAUUAGGAAAGAGAUCUAUAGGGUUAAAUAAAAAAUUUUAAAGCAAUGAGGGAACAUCAAUCUAUUUUCUAGGCAGAGAUGAAGGGAAAGAAGAAGAGAGAGGAAAUUAUUGAUGAAACAAAGGAAAUAGAGGAACCAAAAAGUUUAUUUCCUAAGGUGAUAAAAGAAAAUGGAAAAGAGCCUAUAUAUUCUAAAAUAUUUAUAGCAAUUCUCAAAUUGCCAAAGAAAUGGAAACUGAAGGGAUAUUCAUCCAUUGGGGAAUGACUAAGCAAGUUGUGGCAUAGAGUUGUGGUAUGGCAUAGAACGUAUUGUUAAUUUUUGAAAAAUAUGGAAAGACCUACAUGAAACAAAGAGUUAAAUGAAUAGAACCAAGAAAACAUCAUAUACAGGAACAGAAAUAUUGUGUGAAGAAUGACUGGUGCAUGUCCACCUCCAGAGAAAGACCUGAUAAAUAGAAGUAAGACAUAGUUUUAUAUAUACACCAUAUAUCUUUUUGUCAAAUGAUGUCUUCUCUAAUGGGGAGAGAGGAGGAAUGGAGGAAGUUAACUGAGUAUCUAAAUGUAAUACAUAAAAAAAAUGAAAAAAGUAGAUAAGAGGGGAAGGGACAAAGUAACAAUUAGAAGGAUUAAUUUAGGCAAAGAUGAAGUCCAUCUUAUUCUUUGAAACUGGAAAGAAGAACAACAUGGGUGAAAUCAGGGAGUUUUUAAGGCACAGAAGAAUUUGCUGCUCCUUUAUCUGCUGAGAGAGGAGUGAUUUGAAAAUGGGGUUCUGAGAUUAAGGAAAGAGAAAGCUUGAAACAGCUUCUUCAGUGUGCUUGAUGGAAGUCAAUAUAAAUUGACCACAAAGAUAUGAGGGAUAAAUUGAAAAUAGAGAAGGAAUUUGCAGCAGCACCAGUCAGCAAGAUUUUGUGCCCUCUUCCAGCAAAUGUUCAAGUGAUGAAGGAAAGUGGUGAUUUAUCCAGAAUAUAAGGAUUAUCAAAAUGAUGGUUCUGACUAUAUGGAGCAAUAACAAAAAAGAAUAAUAACGCUAGUGCUAUUCUAUGGGUAAAGGCAAAGCCAUACUCCAUUUAAUUUACAAGGGUUAAAUUUUUUUUUCUAUAAAAGACUUUCUUUAAAAUUAAGAUUCUGGAAUGUUAUUCCUGUUUCUCAGUCUUGACUAUUGUUGCCAAAAUGAUUGAAUCUAUAAAAAUGUACUAAUAGUUCUUAUUUAUAUGCAGCACUAUCAGGCUUGCAAAGCACUUUUUUCACAACAGCCUUGUGAAGUAGGUAAUACAAAUAUUAUUUACCCUAUUUCCUAGCUCAGAAAACUGAGGAGUAGAGAAGUUAAUUACCUUGCUUACAAUAAUGAACUCAUCUGGAUCCCAAACCUGGAUAUUCUGACUUGAGUCCUGAGCUCCAUCCAUCCAUCAGCUAAGUCUCAUUACUUAUUAGUGAUGUGUUACAUUCAUUUCACAUUUUAGAUAACAUUCUCAAAAUCCUGUCACUUAAGUUUUUCUGAGUGGUCUUCACAACAAUGAGAGAGUAGCAACUACUUGGUAUAUGACAACUUUAAGGACUAGAGGUUAAGUUACACGCCCAAGGUCACAUAGCUAAAUGAUGUCCCUCACUGUCUACUCUCUCUUUUCCCCCACUCCCUGAAGUUCUCCACUCCCAUAGAGGUUAAGCAGCAUUCCUCUCCUGUGUCAGUGUUUUUGAAUCUGUGAACUUAAAUUCUCUUCUCCUUUUGCAGCCCACUUGAUUGGUUUCUGGAAAGACCCUGUACUCAAAAAUAGGAAUAAGGACAGGUCCCAGGCAUAGGAAAGGCCAAACCUUCCUUCAGGGCUCUGGCACUCAAAAUCUCACUUGCUGGGGAAGCAAUGCAAAGUGUUUGAGUGUGAAAUUGUGCUUUGAAGUGGGAACAAGAACUUCUUUUCCCUCAAACUGACCUUUAAAAAAAGAAACCAUUGUUUUAUCCCCCUUGAAUUCAACAUCUCAGCUUUCUGUUAACAAAGGGUGGUGCCCAGGAGUUUGAGCUAGAGUCGAGUGCACUUCACAGUCUGCUGACCCUUAUGUGUUACAUGGACCACAUUUGGUUUGCUGGUCAGCUGAAUGGUGCAGAAAUUCGAGCCUGGACCUGGUUUGGGCUUUGAGGUCGCUUACAUAAAGGAGCUGUCUUUGGGGAGUGCUCUAUUUACAAAACUCAGCCCUUUGCUGAAUCUGCACAGUGCCGGGACAAACACAGCAACAACAACGCGAUUUGCUGGCUCUCAUACCUCUUCUCCAAACCGGCCCCAGGAAGCCUCCAGGGACCUUUCCCACACUGUGAAGCGCUGAGCUUCAAAUUCUCUUUCUGCUGCGGAGCCUGCGCUUUUCUCUAGCUCUCCCACUCUCCGAGGUGCUGGAGGCAGCCAUGGAGCCAGGCUGGGCAUGUGUUCAUGGAGGCAUGUAUGAGCUCACUGAAUGAACUGCCUCUCCUGGGCUUGAUGAUGCUAGGAUUGUGGGCGGGAGCAGCAGCUCGCUCCUCUCCUCUUUCUUUCCCUCCCUCCUUCCCUCCCCAUCCCCCAGCCCUCUUCCAUCCCUCCGUUGGACUGUCUCUGCACUGCAGAUGUCUUCCGGCCUUCGCACACCGAGCUCCCUGGGCGCCUCCCAGCUCUUCAUCAUGGCCCCUGGCCCGGCUCUUCUGCCCUGAAUCACCUCUUCAUCCCCAAGGGGACCUUCGGCAGCCCUGAGCUACAGCCGCGUUCUCUCCUCAGCAAAGGACCAGCUGCUUGCCUUCCCGGUUGCCAGGGCCUGGGCAGUGGCUGGGUGAGGCAGCAGCGGGGAGAGGAGUGGCUGGUAGCCUCCUCGGAGCCCUAGGCGGUUCCCCAUGAGGCAGGACAAGCUGACCAGCUCCUUGAGACGAGGUGGGAGAUGCCUCAAGCGGCAGAGCGGGGGAGGCGUAGGCAACAUCCUCAGCAAUGUGCUCAAGAAACGGAGCUGUAUAUCCCGGACCGCACCUCGGCUGCUCUGCACCCUGGAGCCGGGGGUUGACACGAAGUUGAAGUUCACUCUUGAGCCAUCUUUAGGUCAAAAUGGUUUCCAGCAGUGGUAUGAUGCUCUCAAGGCUGUAGCCAGACUUUCAACUGGAAUACCAAAGGAGUGGAGAAGAAAGGUUUGGCUGACCUUGGCAGACCACUACUUACAUAGUAUAGCCAUUGACUGGGAUAAAACCAUGCGCUUCACUUUCAAUGAAAGAAGUAACCCUGAUGACGAUUCCAUGGGAAUUCAGAUAGUAAAGGAUCUUCACCGAACAGGUUGCAGCUCUUACUGUGGCCAGGAGGCAGAGCAAGACAGGGUGGUGUUAAAGAGAGUUCUGCUGGCCUAUGCCCGAUGGAACAAGUCUGUUGGGUAUUGCCAAGGCUUUAAUAUCCUAGCUGCACUUAUCUUAGAAGUGAUGGAAGGCAAUGAAGGAGAUGCUCUAAAAAUCAUGAUUUACCUCAUUGAUAAGGUACUUCCAGAAAGCUACUUUGUUAAUAAUCUCCGGGCAUUGUCUGUGGACAUGGCAGUCUUCAGAGAUCUCUUGAGAAUGAAACUUCCUGAAUUAUCUCAGCAUCUGGAUACUCUUCAGAGAGCUUCAAACAGGGAAGGAGGAGGUGGAUACGAACCCCCACUUACAAAUGUCUUCACCAUGCAGUGGUUCCUGACUCUCUUUGCCACAUGCCUUCCUAAUCACACAGUUUUAAAGAUUUGGGAUUCUGUCUUCUUUGAAGGUUCUGAAAUCAUACUGAGAGUAUCCCUGGCAAUCUGGGCAAAAUUAGGAGAACAGAUAGAAUGCUGUGAAACUGCUGAUGAAUUCUACAGUACCAUGGGAAGAUUGACUCAGGAGAUGCUGGAGGACAAUCUGAUAGAGAGCAACGAACUCAUGCAGACUGUUUAUUCCAUGGCUCAGUUCCCUUUCCCUCAAUUGGCAGAGCUAAGGGAGAAAUACACCUACAACAUCACUCCAUUCCCAGCCACAGUGAAACCCACUUCAGUUUCUGGACGGCUUGGCAGGACCAGAGACAGUGAUGAAGAGAAUGACCUAGAUGAUGAGGAUGCUAUCAUCAACGCAGUUGGAUGUCUUGGACCUUUCAGUGGUUUCCUGGCCCCAGAACUCCAGAAGUAUCAAAAGCAAGUUAAAGAUCAAAGUGAAGAACAGAGUCUGGGCUCUAAUAACAUUGCUGAGCUAAGCCCAGGAGCAAUCAAUUCUUGUCGCAGUGAGUACCAUGCUGCCUUUAACAGCAUGAUGAUGGAACGCAUGACAACAGACAUCAAUGCCCUGAAGCGACAAUAUUCCCGAAUCAAAAAGAAGCAGCAACAACAGGUUCACCAGGUGUAUAUAAGGGCAGAUAAAGGACUAGUGACCAGUCUCCUGCCAUCUCAGGUAAACCAUUCUCCAGUUAUAAACCACCUUCUUUUGGGAAAGAAACUCAAAACAACGAACAGGGCAUCCAAAAAUGCGGUCAUCCACAUUCCUGGUCACGCGGGGAGCAAACUAUCUCCGGUUCCCCAUGAAGACCUCAAGACCAAGCUCAACUCUCCUUGGCGUACCCACAUCCGUGUUCAUAGAAAGAACAUAGCCAAGACCAAGAGCCAGCUGGGCUGUGGGGACACCAUCGGGCUGAUUGAAGAGCAGAAUGAGGGCUGUAAGCCCACUAGCUUGGGAGCGGCAGAGGGUCUGCCCCCCAACAGCGCAGGGAAAGCUGGAAGAGAUGGCGGCAGCUCUGACGACAGCACGACUAGGACAAUUGAUGGACAGUCACCAGAGCCUGUGUUUAGAGACUCCAGUGCAAACAUGGAUGAAGUCCAGCUGAAGUUAGAAGCCCUGGAACUUAGUGAAAGGAGUGCUGCUGAAACUGAGCCCAGGGCUAAGCAGGCUGGCCACCCACAUGGGCCUGAGCCCCCCAUCCCAGGCAAGCCUCCCCAAACCAGCUCUUCCAAAGCACGUGGCUUUAGCCCCUUUCCCAAUGUCAAGCCCCUUCGGAAAUCAACCGCAGCCAGGAAUUUGGGAUUAUAUGGCCCCACAGAAAGAACCCCAACGGUCCACUUCCCCCAGAUGAGUAGAAGCUUCAACAAAUCUUCCAGUGCUAAUAGCGGUACUAAGAAGCGAUGACAUCCUAUUAGUGCUAUAUAGUCCAGGUCUGUCUUUUUUUUUUUUAUCCCGCUGUGAGUGUUUGGUCUCACGUCUCCAGAACAAUUUUUAUUUUCCAGAUGAUUGAAAAACAAAGGAAUGGGCAAAGAAGGGUGCAAAAACCAGCAUUCUGAGAAUCAUGGUUCUCACCACAGCAGCUAGAGAGGGGAGUCACAGGGUGGGCUAGGGAAUGGCCCCAUCCACCCUGGUGGGCACAAAGGGCAUAGAGAAGAUUCUGUGGAAGUAGCAAAUUGUGUGGUUUUGAUGUGAAGUCUGUCUCUACUUUUUCAGAUGUUUAGAAAGGUUUCUCUUUCUCCAGACUGUUAACUGUGUUCCUUUCUCCUGUGUUGUGGACCUCUCGGGUCCCAGUGACCACUUCCCAAAGCCCCAGUUUGUGGAUUUUAUCAGCAUUCACACAUAGGUACACACUUGUUUGCUAUGACAAGAACUACGAAAUAGAAGACUUCUCAUCAGUUUCACCAGCUUCCGGAUUUUCCCCAUCGGGAUGUGUGUGUGUGUGUGUGUGUGUGUGUGUGUGUGUGUACUUGUGUAUGCAGGCAUGUUUUUCCUAUGGUGUUUUCUUUUAGCUAUUGUCCAGUUUUCAUUCUAUCCUCAUGCUAAAAGGAACUCUAGAUAGCCUUUUUAUUACUUGGUAUUUUUGCCUACUGAAUGCAAACGUUUCAUUUGUGGAAACCCAAUGUCUGGCUCAAGAUUAGACUCUUAAGUUCUGAUGUACAGAACAUAGUUGGGUCAUGCCCUAAUAGCAGUUGGCAUGUAUGCUUGCUUUCUUCUAACUGAACAGUUCCCAAGUUUGCUAAAUUGGAGUCACUAUAAAUUUCUUCCUUUUUUUCAAGUGUACUUCAGUUGUCAGUGGUAUUCAGGACUCAAUAGUUGGUGGGUUAGUUUAAGACCUUCUUAGUGUGCUGCAGAGUGCAUGAAUACCUCAUUCAAGGAGUAUUCAUCCUAAAAAAACCAAACCCAAGACAAGUGAGGUGGCUCAGUGGUUUGAGAGUCAGAUCUAGAGCCAGGAGGUACUGGGUUCAAAUAUCAUCUCAGAUGGCAACUCACUUAAUCUCCAUUGCCUAGCCCUUAUGGUUCUUCUGCCUUGGAACCAAUACACAAUAUUGAUUCUAAGACAGAAGGUAAGGAUCUAUAAAAAAUAACCACACAGGACAAACUUGUUGCUGUACAAAUAUAUGAAUCACUGAAACGUGGGCUCUCAGGGUGAGAUCAUUUUGUUACUGGAAUACAGCCUUGUUUCAGAGGAGGGAGACUGUUUUUAAUCUUUCCCUUGUUCAUUCAUCACUGGGGUCCUCUAUAAGCAAGACAAUUGUUAUCUCCCCUUUACAGGUGGACAUUGAGCCACUUGUACAGGAAGCAAUAUUCCAGUGACUCAAGGUAAACAUUCCCUGUUGAUCAUAUUGACUUAGACUUGUGUCCUUCAGUUGAUAAGCAGGUGUACCGGCCGCAAUAAUGCCAACAUUAACCCUGAAAAGCCAUUGCCAUGACUGUGUGACUCCAUGACCUGUAGGGGAGGACUUUUCUGCCAAAUUGGGACAGUAUGCCGGGGAGCAAUCUUAAAGUUUCUGAAUCUUAAAAGAGAGAGCUCAUUCUCUGUGCAGCUGUCUUCUGGCUGAACAGGAGGUCCAUUUCUCCCAUAAACCCUUAAAGGAAACAAAUUGAAUCUCUUCAUCUUAGUCUGAAGAAAACAGGUGGAGCUGCCUUUGGGAAAUGCAAGAGGCAUGCAUUUGAUUUCAUUUGUGUUGCUGAUGCAGAAACAAAAUGUUUAUAAUGAUCUUUGGGGGAUGAAAAGGAUGUGAUUUGUGUGGGGGUUAAGUGAAGAUUAAAAAUGAUGCAUACAGUGAAAGAAAAAGAACCCUGUCAUUUUAUCUUUUUUCUUCCCUUCCCCUAAGAACUAAAAAUGGAAAAAUAUGACAAAUAAUUCAUUAUAGCUUUUAUCUCAAGUUCCAUGACAUCAGAAGGCAACUUCUUGGGAAAAGCAGAGAGUGGAAGCCUAUUUGGGAUAAUUUCCCCCAUCCCUCCACCUCCACAAAGAGACCACUUUUCCCAAAGUGAGACUUUGGAAUUUUUCUUCCACCAGUUAGAUUUUAAGGAUAAGAAUAGAACCACCUAAAGUCUUUAUCAUCCUCCAGUCUCUCCCCACUCACCUAAGUGAGUCAUAACCCUUGCUUACUCACCGUACCUUUAAGUAUCUCUGGAUUCAUUUAAAAAAUGUGUCUUUCAAUAUUUCCUUCUUUGGGGCAAAUUCAUUACAAGACAUAGAACAGAGAUUUUUAACCUGGGGACUGUGAACUUUUUCAAAUUUUGGGAUAACUAUUUCAAUGUAGUUGGUUUACUUUGUAUUUAUUUUGUGCUUUAAAAAUAUGAUUCUGAGAAGGGGUCCAUAGGUUUCAUGAGACUGUUGAAGGGUCCAUGACACAAAGAAAGGUAAGAACUGGCACAGAGGAAGGAAGGCAGAAGAGAGGUAGAUUGGAGCUGGUCUACUGAAAUCUGAAUUGUUAUUGUUCAGUCAUGUCCAACUCUCCAUGAUCUUGUUUGGGGAUUUCUUGGCAAAGAUAGUGAAGGGAUUCGCCAUUUUCUUCUCCGUCCUAUUUUACAGAUGAGGAAACUGAGGCAAACAGUAUUAAGUAACUUGCCUGGGGUCAUGCAACUAAUAAGUGUCCAACACCAGCUUUGAACUCAGGUCUUCCUGAAUCCAGAACUAGCACUCUAUCUACUAUGCCACCCAUCUGCCCACUGAAUUCUAGUCUCUAUUCUUUGUCCCCCUAAAAACUUCCUCUGAUUGUUUCCCUAGGGUUAGUUUGCCUAUUUCUGAAGAAGGAAACUCAACAUUUUAUGAUUUCAAUGAAUCAAGAUGACCCCGAAAACAAACAAACAAACAAACCCUUUAGGGCUAAAUAUUGAAAAAAAUUUUCAGACUUGACAAGGCUACUUCUUCUUCCUCCUUUUUGGGGUUAAGUGACUUGACAAGGGUCACACAACUAGGAAUGACAUUCUUUUAAAAAUUAUUUUCUUCAUCAAUUACAUGAAAAAAAUCAUUUUUUAAACUUUCAUUUCAAAAAGAGUGAGUCAAAUUUUCACCCUCCUCAUUCCCUGAGAUGGCAAGCUGACAUAGAUUUUACAUGUGGUAGUAUAAAACAUUUUCCCAUAUUGGUCAUUUUGUGAAAGAGAACAUGAACAAACAAAAGAAAAGUGAAGAAAUAAAGUGAAAUUUGGUGUCUUGGUCUGCAUUCAGAUUCUAUCAGUUCAUCUCUGGAGGCAGGUGGUGUUUUUCAUCACGAGUCCUCGAGGAUUGUCUUGGAUUUGCUAAGAAUAACCAAGUCAUUCAUAAAUGUCCACCAUCUAAUAUUAUUGUUACUGUGUACAAUGUUCUCCUGGUUCUGCUCACUUCAUUUUGCACCAGUUCAUGUAGGUCUUUCCAGGUUUUUCUGAAAUUACCUCUCUUAUCAUUUCUUAGAGCAUAGCAGUUUUCUAUUACUACCAUAUACCAUGACUUGUUCAGCCAUUCCCCUAUUGAUGGACAUCUCUUUAAUUUCCAAUUCUUUGCCAGUACAAAGAGGAGCUACUAUGAAUAUUUUGGUACAACUAGGUCCUCCCCUCUUCCCAUUUUAAAAAUCUCUUUGGGAUUCAGAACUAGUAAUGGGAUUACUGAAUCAAAUGGUAUACACAGUUUUGUAGCCCUUUGAGCAUAGUUUCAAAUUGCCUCCAGACUGGUUGGAUCAAUUCACAACUCCACCAACUAUGCAUUAGUGUCCCAAUUUUGCCACAUCUCCUCCAACAUUUAUCACUUUGAUUUACUGUCCUGCUGGCCAUUCUUAUAGGUGGUACCUCAGAGUUGUUUUAAUUUGCAUUUCUCUAAUCCAGAGUGAUUUGGAAAAUUUUUUUCAUAUGAUUAUUGAUAGCUUUUAUUUCUUCAUCUGAAAACUGCUUGUUUGUAUCUUGUGAUCAUUUGUCAACUGGGGAAUGGUUUGUAAUCUCAUAAAUUUGACUUAGUUCACUACAGAUUUAAGAAAUUAGACCUUUAUCAGAGAAAUCUAUUAUAAAUGUUUUCACAGUUUGCUGUUUACCUUCCAGUCUUGAUUCCAUUGGUUUUGCUUGUACAAACAUUUUUAAUUUAAUAUAAUCAAAAUUAUUUAUUUUACAUCUUCUAAAAUAUUCUCUAUCUUUUGUUUGGCCAUAAAAUUUUCCCUUUUUCAUAGAUCUGACAUAAACUAUUUUACAUUCCCCUAAUUUACUUCACCAUUUAUGUCUAAAGCGUAUAUCCAUUUUGAACUUAUCUUAAUACAGUUAUAGGGUAUGAGAUAUGGGUCUAUACCUAGCUUCUCCCAUACUGUUUUCCAUUUCCCCCAACAUAACAGAUUCUUCUUAAAGAAAACUUUCAUACCAGCCAAAUCUCAUCUAAUUCAAUGGUCAUUAAGGAUAUGGAAAGCACUGGAAAGAUUGGCCUAAAGCAUUCUGUAUUCUAGGUAAUUACAGCUAUGAAUCUAUGAGAUGAAGCCCUUUUUCCUGCUUUAUAGAAUAAAACAUAUCUAUGUGGAAAGAGUUAAUCUUAGUCCCCUUCACCUUUUUAUACAUUGAGAUUGGUAUGCAGGCAGCUGAAGUAAUUAAAGAUUUCUUUAUUUCCAGUUUUAUUGAUAUUGUAUUCUCUCUUUUUUAAGAUUGUAAAAUUUUAUUUUUUCUUCAAUUCAUGAAAAAGCAAUUUUUAUCCUCAUUUUUUAAAAAGUCUGAGCCAAAAUUCUUACCCUCUCUCCCUUCUUUCUUCUCCUACCCCCUCCCUGAGAUGGUAAGCAAUCUGUUAGAGAUUUUACAUAUAUCAUAUAUAGAAAUACUGUGUUCUCAAGCAAUGCCCUUGGGAGUUGAUUCAUUUAGAUGUUUCUGCAACUCCUUCCUCCUCUUCUAUCAGUCUUCAAAAUACCUGAACCGAAUUGUGCAUGUUCAUGACUUUCUAUCCCGACUUUCAUGUCCUUUUAUGGAAAGCUAUAUAGCUCACAAAAGUACGGGCAAGUUACUUCUCAUCAUGGCAUAGAGAUGUAUUGAUGUCUUUUCAUAACUGCACACAGACAUAGAGAAGCUCAUGCCCCUUCCACUCAUCCACCCAGAAGAGGCUCAAUAAAAACACGGACAAAUACAAGGUUCUCGUUUGCCCAUUGUUUUGCCAAAGGAUGGAUUCUGAUUUUCAGCAUUAAGUACUUUUUAACUUGGGGAGCAGAGUUGGGAGGUGAUCUUUAAGGAACAGAUUUUGCCUUGACCCCCAAUUAAGAUGGUGAUAGAAAUAUCUCAAGAAGUAAGACUACUGAAUGCAAUUUAGAGUUGUGGGACCCAGAGGAGCUCAGGAGAUAGAUGCUACAUAAUUGGAAUUUUCCUUCUGGGUUGUGUGUGUGUGUGUGUGCGUGUGAUUGAGAAGCUCCUUUUGAAAGCAUAUUAUAUUGGAUGCCUUCUGCAUGGUAAGUAGUCCAGAUGAAAAUUGGAAUUGGUAGGUUGGUGAAUGGGAAGGAUGGAGGAGAGCAUUUAUGAGCAUAAAGGAUACAUUGAAUAUCACUUUAAAAAUGAUCUGAUGUUUUCAUAGUGUAAAACCCACCUAUUUGAAGUCUGUACUUUUUACUGUGCAUCUCACUAGGAUAUUUUGUGAUUGAUAUUUUUUUUUGUCUUUUGUCAGACCUUUGUGGAAAAACCAAAACACAACUUUUUCCUGUUUAAAUACUUAAAAAUAAUUAUGAUUAAUAAAACUGUGAAUUUUUGAUUGAA